AUGGGGGCCAGUGAUGAGGGCGGCGGCGACACGGGGACGAAACUGGAGUACCUGCAUCGAAUCUACACGGACCCUUCGCAUCCGGCAAGUUUCAGCGGACCCGACAGACUGAAGAGAGAAGCAGACAGAGAGGGAAAAUUUGAGUUUAGCAAGCGCGAAGUGAAGACAUUCCUGGAGUCUCAAGACACUUACAGUAUUAACAGGCCAGUUCGCAGACGCUUCAAAAGGAACAGAAUAGUGGUGAGCGGCCUUUAUCAGCAGUACGACAUGGAUCUAUGCGACAUGGCAAAACUGAGGCGUUACCGUGGCAACCGAGGUACCCGCUUCCUGCUUGUACUCAUAGACGUCUUCAGCAGAUUCGCGUUUGUCCGCCCGCUAAAAAACAAAACCGUUCAGGCCGUGGCCGAGGCACUGGAAGAUAUCCUUACCCAGGGACGUAAGCCUGUGCGCUGUAGAUCGGACAGGGGUUCUGAGUUCAAGUCCAAAGCCGUGCAAGAUCUCCUUCGCCGCCUGGGAGUCAAACACUACUUCACAACCUCAGACCUGAAAUGCCAGCCAGUUGAAAGACUUAAUCAGACUCUGAAAAGCGCGAUAUACAAAUGGUGCUACCAGAAUAGAUCAUUUGCCUACGUCACAGUUCUAGAGCAACUUGUGCACGGCUACAACCACAGAGUGCACUCGGCCCUCUUUGGCCUUAGUCCCAGCGAGGUAAAUGAAUCGAAUCAGGCUAAGCUUUGGAAUCUUAUGUACGUCGGAUCUAAAAGUGUAAGGAGACGGAGUGCAAGACUGUAUUUUAAGUACGAGGUGGGGACUCUUGUCAGAGUUAGCCUCGCCAAGAGAACCUUCGAGCGUUCGUUCAGUCAGAAAUUCACGGAUACCCUUUACAAGAUUCGUGGGCGGGUCUACCGAGAAAACGUGCCUGUUUACUUUCUAAUGGAUUUGGAGGAGGAGCCAAUCAAAGUCGCUUUCUAUGAGCCAGAACUUCAGCGCGUGCGGAAAAACUUAGAUGGCAUGCGCCCUUGGGAGAUUGAAACGGUUCUUAAGACGCGAAAAGUGGGGAGAAAUCAGGAAGUGCUUGUCCGAUACCGGGGUCUCGGACCCAAGUUCGACCGUUGGAUACCAAAAUCUUCAGUGAACUCUAAAGUUGCAUAG